UUUUUGAAAGUUAGAACACAAAAUAUAGAUAAAUUUUUCGAAUACAUCAACUCGAAGGUAGAGGCAAUUCAAUUCACUUAUGAAUUGGAAAGUCCAAUGUUAGAUUGCAACGUAAAAAGGAAAGAAGAUGGGAAGUUAAACACACUAGUGUGUGUUUACAGGAAACCCAUACAAUCAAACAGAUAUUUGGACUUCCGAUCAUCGCAUCCUAUGUCAGUAGAAAUAGGAUUGGUGAAAUGUUCAAGUGACAGAGCACAAAAACUAAGUAGUACCAAGAAAAAUUUAAGACAGGAAGUGAUACAUAUAAGAGAAGCCUUGAAACUUAAUAAUUACCCGGAUAAAUUAGUCAGGAAAUAUGUGAGGAAAUGUAAAAAUAAAAUAAAUAAUGAUAGUAGUGAUAGUGAUAAUAAUAAUGAUAGCAAUAAUAAUGAUAAUAAUAGUAAUAAUAAUACUAUUAUUAUUAAUAUUAAUGACGACACCAACAAUAAGGAAUCUAAAUCAUCAGUAGUGAUUCCAUACAAGGAAGGAAUCUUUGUUUGUUGGUUUGAGCCAGACCCAUAGGAAGAUAUACACUGCCUAGUUGGGGUUCCCUAGUAUUACAUUAUUAUUAUUCCCUUGGGUUCCGAGUGGAACA